UUCUGGCAAACAUCCUGUCAUUGGAGGAAUUAUUGAUAUGUAAUGUUACAAAACCCAAUACAUGUUACUGGUCGUUAAUUUCAACCCAUAUCACCACACCAAUAUUACAGGGCUCUCAACUUGUGAUAAAACUUGAGAGCGCUCCACUCAGUCCUCUCUCCCUGGAGAGGAAAAUAAAUACUGUUCUCUCUUUCGCUCGCUCCCUCUCUCCACCUGUGUUUCUGUCUGAGAGAGAGCGACCGUCACUAACGAUGGCCCAGCAGGGAGUUGUGCUGGACCAGGACCAGUUUUGCUGUUCUAUCUGUCUGGACCUCUUAAAGGAUCCUGUCGCCCUCCCCUGUGGUCACAGCUACUGUAGCAGCUGUAUCGAGGGCUACUGGGACCAGGAUGAGCAGAAGGGAGUCUACAGCUGCCCCCAGUGCAGACAGACCUUCACGCCCAGGCCUGUUCUGAAGAGGAACACCAUGCUGGCUGAAGUGGUGGAGAAGCUGAAGGAGAAAGGAGGAGCCGGGGCCGCACCCUCUGAGCUGACGAGUCCAGCUGGGCCAGGAGAGGGGACGUGUGACCUCUGCACUGGGCCCAGGAAGCAGAGAGCCAUCAAGUCCUGUCUGAUGUGUUUGUUGUCCUACUGCCAGACUCACCUCCAGCCCCACUACCAGAUUCCUAAAAUGAAGAAUCACAAGCUGGUGGAAGCCACAUCUGGACUGCAGGAGAUGAUCUGCUCCAGUCAUGACAAGCUGCUGGAGGUGUUCUGUCGGACAGACCAGCAAUGUAUCUGCAUGCUGUGUACCAUGGAUGAACAUAAAGGCCACGACACAGUGUCAGCCAAAUCUGAGAGGAAGGAGAAACAGGACAAGCUGGUCUUGAGUCAGCAGGAAGUCCAGCAGAGAGUCCAGAAGAGAGAAAACCAGCUGAAGGAGCUCCAACAGGCUGUGGAGUCUCUCAAGAGUUCUGGCAAGGCAGCAGGGGAGGACAGUGAGAGGAUAUUUACUGAGCUGAUCCGCUCCAUUGAGAGAAGGCGCUCUGAGGUGAAGGAGCUGAUCAGAGCCCAGCAGGGGGCAGCAGUGAGUCAGGUUGAAGGACUGGUGGAGAGACUGGAGCAGGAGAUAGCUGAACUGAGGAGGAAAGAUGCUGAGCUGGAGAAGCUCUCACACACAGAGGACAAUAUCCACUUCCUCCAGAACUACCAGUCUCUCUCCAGUACCAGUGUAUCUCCAGAUGUCCCCAGCAUCUCUGUUCCUUCUCUUCAGUACUUCAAACAUGUGACUGAGAUGGUCUCUGAGCUGAGAGAGAAACUAGAGGAGCUGAUCCAGAGAGGGUGGUCAAACAUGUCCACCACAGUGGAUGUGUUCCUGCCUCCAGAGCCCAAGACCAGAGCAGAACUCUUACCAUAUUCCUGUCUGCUCACACUGGACCCAAACACAGCAUCUAUAGACCUCUCUCUGUCUGAGGAGAACAGGAAGGUAACAUGUCUACAGCAGCGCCAGCCAUAUCCUGACCAUCCAGAGAGGUUCACCAAGUACAGUCAGGUGCUGUGUAGAGAGGCUCUGUCUGGACGCUGUUACUGGGAGGUGGAGAGAAGAGGUGAAUGUGUUGCCAUAGCAGUCUCAUAUAAAGACAUCAGCAGAAAAGACGACCACUCUUACUUAGGUCGCAAUGACAAGUCCUGUGUGUUAGUGUGCUCUAGUAAUCAUUACAGUUUCACACAUAACAGUGUUCAUACUAGAGUAUCAGGCCCUCGGUCCUCCAGAGUAGGAGUCUACCUGGAUCCCAAGGCAGGUACUCUGUCCUUCUACAGUGUCGUCUCUGAGACAGUGACCCUCCUCCACAGAGUCUAGACCACCUUCACCCAGACACUCUGUACUGGGUUUUUGUUUGGUCGCCAUAAUACCAGUGCAGAGAUAAUGAAGCUGUAGUAGAGGGUCUUAUAGAGGUGUGAUACCUUCAUACCAUCAUAUAGAACCCUGUCAUUGUUUUAGUUGGUUUAUAAUCAUUGUUCUUUUGUUGUAUAAUUACUGCUUUCACCUUGAUGAUUGUAUAUGGUAAUUUAGUCUUGGCGAAUGUGUGAGACUUGAUUGCCCUGACAUGUAUGGACCACAUCCAUGUGGCACAUGGACCACAUCCAUGUGCCUCAUCAAGACAGACGGAUUUAGCCUGAAUACGUUUGAUAGGGAAGAAAGCUGGUUGGAGAUUAAACAGAUACACCAUUGUGAUUGAAAUAUGUUACAGUUUUGUAGCUGUCCUUUUGCACUGGUAUUUGGUCACACAUGCUUCACAAAUCAUAGAAAAAUCAUUCAAGAAACCAAGCUUUGAACAUGUACACUAAUUAUAAAUACAUGUGUAUGCAAGAUGAUCACAUAAUCAUGCUCAACACACUCAACAUUAAAUAUAAACUUC